UUGAUACCAAGAUGUGUCAAGAUUUAGUACUCAGUCCAGAAAAGGAAACAUUAAACCCUCUCUCUCCUUUAUGAAGGGCUGCCUUUGCCCUGACAAAGCCGCUCAAGAUGAACAUGGUGAAAAGGAUCAUGGGGCGGCCGAGGCAGGAGGAGUGCAGCCCUCAGGACAACGCACUCGGCCUCAUGCACCUGCGGCGCUUAUUCUCGGAACUCUGCCACCCUCCUCGUCACAUGACCCAGAAGGAGCAGGAGGAGAAGCUCUACAUGAUGCUUCCUGUGUUUAACAGGGUCUUUGGAAAUGCUCCACCCAGUAGCAUGACGGAGAAGUUCUCUGACCUGCUGCAGUUCACCACCCAGGUGUCACGCCUCAUGGUGACCGAGAUCAGACGAAGGGCCUCUAACAAAUCCACUGAGGCUGCUAGUCGAGCGAUUGUCCAGUUUUUGGAGGUGAAUCAGAGCGAGGAAGCAAGUCGGGGAUGGAUGCUCCUCACCACCAUAAACUUGCUGGCCUCCUCCGGACAGUCAUCACAACCCGCCCCCAAUCAGGAGAAGACUCCAGGCCAGGGCCACACCCAGGCGGAUCUGCCUUUGGCUGACCGCAGAGCCCUGCUCCAAAAAGUUUUUGUCCAGAUCCUGGUGAAGCUUUGCACCUUUGUGUCUCCGGCGGAGGAGCUGGCCCAGAAGGACGACCUUCAGCUUCUGUUUAGUGCCAUCACAUCCUGGUGCCCCCCUCACAACCUGCCCUGGAGGAGGAGUGCAGGGGAGGUUCUGACCACAAUCUCAAGACAUGGCCUCAGCGUCAACGUGGUCAAAUACAUACAUGAGAAAGAGUGCCUGGCAACUUGUGUUCAGAAUAUGCAACAGUCAGAUGACCUCUCCCCACUGGAGAUCGUAGAGAUGUUCGCUGGCCUCUCCUGCUUCCUGAAAGACUCCAGCGGUGUGUCUCAGACCCUGCUGGAUGACUUUAGGAUGUGUCAAGGUUACACCUUCCUCUGUGACCUCAUGCUCAGGCUGGAACAGGCCAAAGAGGACGAAUCAAAAGAUGCACUGAAGGACCUUGUCAACCUGGUCACUUGCCACACAGUGCGUAAUAUCCAGGCCUUUGCUGUGCUCCAGAAUGCUUUCCUACGGGCCAAAACGAGCCGUCUUGCCUGCAUGCUGAUUGAUGCCAUUGGGAACAUCUACGCAGCUGAGCCAGCGAACUACUUCAUCCUGGAGUCCCAGCACACCCUGUCGCAGUUUGCAGAGCGUGUGGCCAAACUCCCAGAGGCACAGACCAAGUACUUUGAACUGCUGGAGUUUGUGGUCUUCAGCCUGAACUAUGUGCCGUGUAAGGAGCUGUUCAGCGUCAGCGUCCUGCUCAAGUCAAGCACGUCACACGCCUGCAGCAUCACAGCCGUGCGGACCCUCUUGAAGCUUUCCAGACAUGACCCGGUGUUCAGCGACGUGCUUCGGGAGGUCGGCCUACUGGAGGUGCUAGUCAACCUGCUGCACAAGUACGCUGCCCUGCUCAAAGACCCGGCCUCGCAACAGCAGCCACACAGUAAUGACCAAGCAGACUGCAAAAACAACACGGUGGCAGAGGAGCAGAAGCAGCUGGCCUGGCUGGUGAUGGAGACACUGACUGUGCUGUUGCAGGGCUCCAACACCACCAACACUAAUGCAGCUCUGUUCAGAGAGUUCGGUGGUGCUCGCUGUGUUCACAACAUUGUGAAGUACCGCCAGUGUCGAGAACACGCCCUCCUCAUCAUCCAGCAGCUUGUCCUGUCACCCAGUGGCGACGAUGACAUGGGAACGUUGCUGGGCCUCAUGCACUCAGCACCGUCCAGUGUUCGCCUUCUCCGUCCUCAGGCUUUAUUGUCGGUGUUGCGUGAGAGUCACCGCACGCGGACGGUGUUCCGCAAGGUGGGCGGCUUUGUCUAUGUCACCUCCCUCUUGGUAGCCAUGGAGCGCUCACUGUGCCAGCCGCCCCAGCAUGGCUGGGAACGUGUCAACCAGAACCAGGUCUUCGAGCUUCUGCACACAGUUUUCUGCACCCUCACUGCCGCCAUGCGCUAUGAGCCAGCCAACUCGCACUUCUUCCGCACAGAGAUCCAGUAUGAGAAGCUUGCUGAUGCAGUGAGGUUGCUUGGUUGUUUCUCAGACACUAAGAAGCUUGGUCCCACCUCAGUGUUCCCCUCCAAUGCUCAGCCUUUCCAGAGGCUGUUAGAGGAUGAGGCUGCACCUGGGGGCUGUGCAGGGGACAGUGUCUGCCCCACGCUCAAACACUGCAGCAAGCUGUUCAUCUACCUUUACAAGAUGGCUACUGAUUCAUUUGACAGUCGUGCAGAGCAGGUGCCUCCAUGCCUGACUCACGAGACCUCUCUGCCCUCUCCAUGGGGCACGCCAGCGCUCGCCAGGAAGAGACAUGGCUACUACGGUACAUCAGGCCCCCCUGCCCCGGUCAAAGUGCUGUCUGACCUUAAGCUCAGCCUAACUAACCCCUCCAGCCCUACUCCCUUUUCCUCCUCCUCAUCUGACAUGGUGGUUAUCCACCCAGGGGCAGUCCUGGCCAUUGUGGAUCUGCUGCCCUCUGUUUCCUCUGACAGCCAACCAGAGCAUGCCCUCGACCUACAGCUAGCAGUGGCCAACUUUCUCCAGCUGCUGGUGAACAGUGAGCGGAACCAGCAGGUGUUGUGUGAAGCCAGCCUUCACCAGCGGCUGCUGCAGCGCUGCAGUCAAGCCCUCGGGGAUGAAGACCACCCACUGCACCCACCGCUGCAGAGGAUGUUUGAGCGGCUGGCCUCACAGGCACUACAGCCGAUAGCACUCAGGGAAUUCUUACGUCUUGGGAACCCUCUGAACUGUGGCGCCUGGGACAAGAAGCUGCUGAAGCAGUACCGGGUCCACAAACCGAGCUCCCUUAGCUACGAUGCCGAGAUGAGAAACAGCAUGACAACGUCCAUGGAGGGCUUUGGCCCGGACUGCGUCUUUGCCAUGCCGGCAGAGGACAACGGCCAGUACCGCAUCAGCCGUAGCCUCGUGCGCUCAGCAGAGGACAGCACUGUGCCUCUAACUCGAGUCAAGUGCCUGGUGUCCAUGACAACGCCCCAUGACAUACGCCUGCAUGGAUCAGCGGUCACGCCUGCAUUCGUGGAGUUUGACACCUCGUUGGAGGGCUUCGGGUGCCUGUUUCUGCCUAGCUUGGCGCCCCACAAUGCUGCCAGCAACAAUGCGAACGCUUCCGGGGUCAGCGACGGAGCAGUGCUGAGCGGGAUGGGAACAGGGGAGCACAUGUUCCCCCCUCCAUCGGGCCUGAGUUACUCCACCUGGUUCUGUGUUGAGCGCUUCAGCACUGCUACCCAGUCUCAUCCGGUGCGUCUGCUGACGCUGGUGCGGCGGGCCACCUCCUCAGAGCAGCACUACGUAUGUCUGGCUGUGGUGCUGUCAUCCAAAGACCGCUCAAUCACCGUGUCCACCAAGGAGGAGCUGCUGCAGACAUAUUCGGAUGAGUCAAGUGAAGAAGCCUCUUUCUAUGAGAUCUUGCCCUGCUGUGCCCGUUUCCGCUGUGGAGAGCUGAUCGCUGAAGGGCAGUGGCACCACCUGGUGCUGGUCAUGAGCAAAGGCAUGCUGAAGAACAGCAUGCUUACACUGUACAUUGACGGGCAGCUUAUCAACACUGUCAAACUUCACUACAUCCAUAGUGUUCCAGGAGGCUCUGGCUCCACCAACCCACCUGUCGUGAGCACUGUUUAUGGAUAUGUGGGGACGCCUCCUGCCCAACGCCAGCUGUCUGGCCUGGUGUGGCGUCUAGGCCCUAGCCACUUCCUGGAGGAGGUUUUACCUGCCACCAGUGUUUCUGCCAUCUAUGAACUGGGACCAAACUAUGUGGGAAGCUUCCAGGCAGUGUACCUACCCUGUAAGGACUCAAAGACAGAAGUCGCACCUGCCACCCCUGUGGCUUUGGUCCCAGAGGAGAAGGUUUCUUUCAGCCUUUACGCACUCUCUGUCACUACUCUCACUGUGGCCAAAAUCAGGAAAGUCUACAACAAACUUGACAGCAAAGCCAUCGCCAAACAGCUUGCAGUAUCCUCUCAUGAAAAUGCCACUCCAGUUAAGUUGAUUCACAAUGCUGCCGGCCACCUUAUUGGACCUGCGCGAACUGUUGGGGCUGCUGUCAUUGGAUAUUUAGGCGUCCGCACCUUUGUGCCCAAACCUGUGGCCAACAACCUGCAGUAUGUAGGAGGGGCUGCCGCCAUCUUGGGCCUGGUAGCGAUGGCAUCAGAUGUGGAGGGGUUGUAUGCAGCGGUCAAAGCGUUAGUGUGUGUUGUGAAAAGUAACCCACUGGCCAGCAAGGAGAUGGAGCGAAUCAAAGGCUACCAGCUGCUGGCUAUGCUGCUGAAGAAGAAACGAUCUCUUCUUAACAGUCACAUUCUCCACCUCACCUUCUCUCUGGUGGGAACAGUUGACAGUGGCCAUGAAACUUCUAUCAUUCCCAAUUCCACGGCCUUCCAGGACUUGCUAUGUGACUUUGAGGUUUGGCUUCACGCUCCCUACGAGCUCCAUCUGUCUCUGUUCGAGCAUUUUAUUGAGCUUGAGGCUGCAAAGAAUGCCAAACUGCUGAGGGAAUUCCAGCUGAUCCCCAGACUGCUGCUAACGCUGCGGGACACAUCGCUGUCGCAGCCAACCGUAGCUGCUAUCAGCAACGUGCUCAGCUUGCUGCUUCAAGGCUUCCCAAACCCAUAUGACCUGCUGCGGUUUGGCCAGUUUAUCUCCUCCACUCUCCCAACGUUUGCGGUGUGUGAGAAGUUUGUCGUCAUGGAGAUAAACAAUGAGGAGAAGAUUGAUGGAGGUAAUGAUGAUGAUUUUGGUGGCCUCCUGUCUGCCAGCCUGAUUCUGCUGAGAAAUCAACUCCUAGAGAACCUGCGAAGGCUGCUCUUCACCACUAAAGAGAAGUGCACAGUUAAUGCCCAAGCAUGCGAUGAGCUUGUGAGAACGCUCGGCUUUGAUUGGCUGUUGAUGUUCAUGGAGGAGCAUCUUCACUCUAGCACCGUGACUGUGGCUCUGUGGAUCCUUAUAGUGCUGCUGUCCAACCAGUCUAUCCUCAACCGCUUCAAAGAGGGCCUGUGCGGAGGAGGCUGGCUGGACCACACUGACUCCGUCCUGACCAAUAAGAUUGGCACAGUGCUUGGAUUCAACGUGGGUCGCAGUGCUGGUGGGCGCUCCACAGUGCGAGAGAUAAACAAGGACGCAUGCCAUUUCCCAGGAUUUCCUGUCCUGCAGACGCUGCUGCCAAAACACACCAACGUACCCGAGCUCUACUUCCUUCUCAUGGCACUCUUCCUGCAGCAGCCAGUCAUCGAGCUGCCAGACAGCCUGCAGGUACAUUUUGACCUGGACUCCAUCUGGACGUUUAUCUUUGGCAUGCCAGCCUCCAGUGGGACCAUUGUGGGCUCCAUUCACAGUGUGUGCACCGAGGCUGCCUUCCUGCUGCUGGCUAUGCUGCGCAGCAUGCUUAAUCUGCCUUGGCAAUCGGAAGAAGAGGGUUCCUGGCUUAGAGAGUACCCGGUUACCCUCAUGCAGUUUUUUAGGUAUCUUUACCACAACGUGUCCGACCUUGCACCGAUGUGGCACAGCCCUGAGUUCCUCUGCGCCUUGGCAGCCAGCGUCUUCCCCUUUAACAUUAGACCCUACUCUGAGAUGGUGAGUGAUUUGGAUGAUGAAGCGGGUUCUCCCACCGAAGAGUUCAAGGCCUUCGCUGGGGACUCUGGGAUGAACCGCAGCCAGUCUGAAUACUGCAACGUGGGCUCCAAGACAUCACUGACCAACCACCCUGCCAAGAAAUAUGUCUUUGACUUUAUGAGGGUGCUAAUCAUGGACAACCUCUGUAUGACUCCAGCUAGCAAACAAACACCCAUCAUCGACAUGCUGCUUGAGGCGUCUCCAGAGCGCUCCACCAGAACCCAGCAGAAGGAGUUUCAGUCGAACAUCCUGGAUGGUGUCAUGGAGCAUCUACUGGCUGCUGACGUCCUUCUAGGUGAGGACGCGUCUCUGCCUCUUAGCAGCGGCGGCAGCUACCAGAUUCUGGUUAACAACGUCUUCUACUUCACCCAGCGAGUGGUGGAUAAACUGUGGCAGGGAAUGUUCAACAAGGACUCCAAGCUGGUUGUGGACUUCAUCGUGCAGCUAAUAGGACAGUCCAAGAGGCGUUCCCAAGGCCUUUCCCUCGACACCAUCUACCACUGUCUGAACCGAACUGUUCUCUACCAGCUCUGUCGACCCCACAAGACAGUAGCUCAGCAGGUAGCCCUGCUGGAUGCCCUGCGGGUCCUGACUGUCAACCGCAACCUGGUGCUCGGGCCAGGUAAUCACGACCAGGACUUUGUGGCGUGUCUGGCUCACUGCUUCAUCUGCCUGCACAGUGGAAGCAGCGUGGAGGGCUUUGGUCUGGAAGCGGAGGCCAGGAUGACAACCUGGCAUGUCAUGAUGCCCACAGAGAAUGAAGCUGACGGUACACACAGCCACGAUGUCAGCGAAGGGCGGCAGCUGCUGCUGAAGGCAGUGAAUCGUGUGUGGACAGAACUAAUGCACAGCAAGCGUCAGAUGCUAGAAGACAUCUUCAAAGUGUCUCUGCCCUGUAACGACAGGGGCCACGUAGACAUUGCCACGGCCCGUCCAGCUCUGGAGGAGCCUGCCCUGAAAAGCUGGCAGAACCACCUAGCUCAUGAGAAAAAGUACAUCAGUCGUGGUGAAGCUGUUGCCCCGGCAACCCAGUCCAAACUGUCUCGAGUCAGCAGCAACUUUGGACUCUCCAAGCUGACCGGAGUUCGUCGCAACAAGAAGGAGAACAGCCUGAACAAGAACAGCCCGUCUGCACAGGAGACUUUCCAGUGGAUGUUCACGCAUAUCGCGGUCGUUCGAGACUUGGUAGCCAUGCAGUACAAAGAAUAUCAAGAGCGGCAGCAGAAUGCCCUCAAGUACGUGACCGAAGAGUGGGCAUCCAUCGAAUAUGAACUGCUGCGCGAGCGAGGCCUCUGGGGCCCACCCAUAGGCUCCCACUUGGACAAGUUUGUGCUGGAGAUGACAGAAGGGCCCUGCCGGAUGAGGAAGAAGAUGGUCCGCAAUGACAUGUUUUACAUCCACUACCCGUACAUUCCUGAGACAGAGACAAACACCAACUCAGCACAGCCCUCUUCACCCCCUCUGGUGCCCUUAGUGCCCCUGGCUCUUGCUGGGACCUUUGGCCCAGCCCAGGUAUCUGCCAAGCCUCAGCGUUACCGCCGAGCCAUCAGCUACGACAGUAAGGAAUACUAUAUGCGUUUGCUGUCUGGAAAUCCUGGCAUGUACCAGCACUCUGUGGAGCACAACACAGAAGGGGAGACCACGCAACACGAGCCAGAGCAUGGAGAGGACACCAUUGCUCGAGUCAAAGGCCUGGUGAAGGCACCUCUGAAGAGGUCUCGAUCCACAGCGGAUGGCGCAGAUGAAGACAGUCAGGAGCAGAUCCAGGAGCAGCUGCUCGAGUCAGGAGGCCCGGAGGAGGAGCAGAGAACUGACAACACGUCACUGCUGCGCCUCCUGGAGGAGGGAGAGAAGAUUCAGCACAUGUACCGCUGUGCCCGAGUUCAAGGUCUGGACACCAGCGAGGGCCUGCUCCUGUUUGGAAAGGAGCAUUUUUACGUCAUUGAUGGCUACACCAUGACCGUAUCCAGGGAGAUCAGGGAUAUCGACACCCUGCCGCCAAAUUUGCACGAGGCCAUAAUUCCCAGAGGAGCAAGACAAGGCCAGAGCCAGCUGAAGAGAACUUGCAGCAUCUUCGCCUAUGAGGACAUUAAGGAGGUCCAUAAGAGACGCUACCUGCUACAGCCAAUGGCAGUGGAGGUCUUCUCAGCUGAUGGUAGGAACUACCUCUUGGCUUUCCAGAAGGGGGUCCGCAACAAAGUUUAUCAAAGGUUCUUGGCCGUGGUGCCUUCACUGGCUGACAGCUCAGAAUCAGUUUCAGGCCAAAGGCCCAACACCAGCGUUGAACAAGGGUCCGGACUUCUCAGCACACUGGUUGGUGAAAAGUCAGUGACUCAAAGAUGGGAACGGGGAGAGAUCAGCAACUUUCAGUACCUGAUGCAUCUGAACACAUUAGCAGGACGCUCGUACAACGACCUGAUGCAGUACCCUGUCUUUCCUUGGAUCCUGGCUGACUAUGACUCCGAGGAACUGGACCUUAGCCAUCCCAAGACAUUCCGUAACCUUGCCAAACCAAUGGGAGCCCAGACGGAUGACCGUCUGACGCAGUACAAGAAGAGGUACAAGGACUGGGAGGACCCCAAUGGUGAAACCCCAGCAUACCACUACGGCACCCACUACUCAUCGGCCAUGAUCGUGGCUUCUUAUCUGGUUCGGAUGGAACCCUUAACACAGAUUUUCCUGAGACUUCAGGGCGGUCAUUUUGACCUGGCUGACAGAAUGUUCCACAGUGUGCGUGAAGCUUGGCUGUCCGCCUCGAAACACAACAUGGCUGACGUCAAAGAGCUCAUUCCAGAGUUUUUCUACCUGCCAGAGUUCAUGCUUAACUCCAACAACUUUGAUCUGGGUGCCAAACAGAAUGGCACCAAGCUUGGAGAUGUUAUCCUCCCACCAUGGGCUAAGGGUGACCCCCGGGAGUUCAUUAGAGUCCACAGAGAGGCAUUGGAGUGUGACUAUGUAUCUGCUCACCUUCAUGAAUGGAUAGACCUUAUUUUUGGCUACAAGCAGCAAGGUCCGCCAGCCGUGGAGGCAGUGAAUGUCUUCCACCACCUGUUCUACGAGGGUCAGGUGGACAUCUAUAACAUCAACGACCCACUCAAGGAGACUGCCACCAUAGGAUUUAUCAACAACUUUGGACAAAUCCCUAAACAGCUGUUUAAGAAGCCCCAUCCUCCGAAACGGGUACGCAGCAAAGCCAAUGGCGAAGUAACGGGCAUCCCACAGAACUCCAACAGUGACAAGAUCUUUUUCCAUCACCUGGACAAUCUCAGGCCAUCUCUAGCUCCUGUUAAAGAGCUGAAGGAGCCUGUGGGACAGAUUGUGUGCACUGAUAAAGGCAUUCUAGCUGUAGAGCAAAACAAGGUCUUGGUUCCACCCACCUGGAGCAAGACCUUCGCCUGGGGCUACGCUGAUCUCAGCUGCCGUCUGGCUAACUAUGACUCAGACAAGGCAUUGGUUGUGUACGAGUGCCUGUCAGAGUGGGGUCAGAUACUCUGUGCCAUAUGUCCAAACCCCAAACUCGUCAUCACUGGCGGCACCAGCACAGCCAUCUGUGUGUGGGAGAUGGGAACCUCCAAGGAGAGGGCCAAAUCAAUUACUCUCAAACAGGCAUUGCUUGGCCACACAGAUGCAGUAACAUCUCUGACGGCUUCGUCAGCGUACCACAUAGUUGUUAGCGGCUCCCGGGAUAGAACAUGCAUCAUCUGGGACCUCAACAAGCUUUCCUUCGUCACACAGCUCAGGGGACACCGGGCACCCGUUUCCGCCUUGUGUAUCAAUGAACUGACGGGGGACAUCGUGUCCUGUGCAGGCACCUACAUUCAUGUGUGGAGCAUUAACGGCAGCCCCAUCGCCAGUGCCAACACCUUCACGGGCCGCAGCCAGCAGAUCCUGUGCUGCUGCGUGUCUGAGAUGAACGAGUGGGACAUGCAGAAUGUCAUCGUCACCGGCCACUCCGAUGGGGUUGUCAGGUUUUGGAGGAUGGAGUUCCUUCAAGUCCCUGAAACUCCUGCUCCGGAGCCAGCAGAACCCGAUGUCCCUGAUUGCUGUGGAGACGAAAAGAUCGAAGGCGGGGAGAGUCACAACGGUGAUGAUGACAGCAGUGAGUCAGAUGGAGAUGAGCCCAGUCUGAGUCGAGAACCCAGAGUGCCACGCACCCCUUUGACUAGUGGUGGCAGCCAGCUGGGCAGCACUGUCCACAGACACGGAGGUCCAUCAGUCCGAGCAGGAGCAUCUUGGUCCAUGGACAGUGGCUCUGACGACUCUCACCGCUGGUCAGACACUCUCAGCAUCGAUGAGAAGGACGGUUUUGUGUUCGUUAACUAUUCAGAAGGCCAGGGCAAAGGCCUUCACCCUCAACCAUCCUUUGCAUGCCAAAGUUCUAUGCCACAGCCUCUCCAUCCCUCUGCCAUGGAGGCACGCACAUAUAACCAGUUGCGGGCAGGCCACAGAUGGGAACGCCAGCUGGUCUUCCGGAGUAAACUCACCAUGCACACAGCAUUUGAUCGCAAGGACAAUGCGCACCCAGCUGAGAUCUCCUCCCUCUCCAUCUCCAAGGACCACAGUAAGAUCCUAGUCGGCGAUGGACGCGGCAGGGUGUUUAGCUGGUCAGUGAGCGAUCAGCCUGGCCGUUCAGCAGCAGACCACUGGGUGAAGGACGAGGUGGUUGACAGCUGCUCUGGCUGCACUGUUCGCUUUUCCCUCACAGAGCGACGCCACCACUGCAGGAACUGCGGGCAGCUCUUCUGUCAAAAGUGCAGUCGCUUCCAGUCAGAGAUCAAAAGGCUGAAGAUCUCAUCACCUGUACGGGUUUGUCAGAACUGUUACUAUAACCUACAGCAUGAGCGAAGUGUAGAUGAUGGCAGCAGAAACUGAGCUCCACCUCCACAGAGAUGCCUCCUCUGGAUAGAAGGAGCAUUUCAUUUCUCCAUCUGUAUUUUUCUCCCCCUGCUCAUCUGAAAUAACCCAAAACUCUGUCAGCUUUCCCAUUUACUCCAUCGAACACCCAGUUACCACAUGUACAGUAACAAGCUGACAAGACGCCUGAGCUGCAAAUGCGUGAGGCAGGACAGGAUAACAGAAUGAAAAGAAGAACUCAGUCAAUAUUGGCUAACCUGUACUGAGGCGGGGGGGAGGGUGUUUGUGUGUGUGU